UGUACGGAUGUCAGCCUUGAGCAAUAAUGCAAUUCUUGCUCAUUGGCUUGCUUGACAUCAGUUUUGCCUGUGUUUAUGCUUUUUUACAUAGCAAUAAUGAAACCAUUUUACGUUACUCAGUGUUGACUGGAAGCACGGAUGGGCACUUAAUGUCUUGUCCAGUUCGUGAGCCCUGGAUGCAAAGAUUUGCGUGGGCUUUUCAUCCCGGGAGGUGUUGAACUCCGCAGGGGUGUGUAACAUUCGUAUCUGCUGGCUUUGCGGGCUUUUUGUGGCGCGCGUUUGGUGGGCGAGGGGUGUGCGUGUGGUGAUGACGGGAAAAUCCCUGCUGGAAUGUGUCUACCUCUCAGCAAGCACUUCCCAACUGGCGAUACAUUAUCUGAGUCAAUUGUUUACCAGUGGCAAGUAGCGUGUGUAAGAUAUGGCUAAGAAUGUUAUCAAGACGACAAACAGCGGAGCACUUUCGAGUAUGACUUCUGAGGUGGCAUUUUGCGUCCAUUAUGGAUUCCUUUGGCGCAUGUGCUAAUAAAAUUAAUGGAGGUUGGGUGAGCCCUUCAAAACGGCUACUGCAUGUUUCACCGUUGCAUAAUUGUGCUCUAAGAGCGAGUACAGCAUACAAUGAAAUUGUCAAAGCUAUAGCCAAAAACAAGCAGCUUUUUGAAAGGUGGAAUCAGUAUCAGGAUCCAUCUGCAUUGCCCUGCAAAGAAGAGCUUGACUGGACCACAAACGAGCUCCGAAAUGGACUUCGCAGUGUAGAGUGGGACUUGGAAGACUUGGAAGAAACAGUUGCCAUUGUUGAGAAAAAUCCGAGGAAGUUCAGGAUUGAUGACAAAGAAAUAAAGAGUCGAAAAGCCUUCAUUGAGCAAUCCAAGGAUGAAGUCAAGACUAUAAAGGAAGCUGUUUUUGAAAGCAAGUUGAAGAACAAGAAAAUAAGGCCUUCAAGCAUGGAGCUGUUCAACUCUUCUCGCACGGCAAAGUAUACCAGCCUAAAAAAUGAAGUGGAAAGUCCUGUACGGCGGUUAAUGGGUGACACACAGAAGCAGCAACAGGAAUUCCUUGCUGUUCAAGAUGAUGAACUUGAAGGAAUACAAACUUCCGUGGGCAACUUGAAGGCAAUGAGUAAACAGAUUGGGAAUGAACUGGAUGAACAAGCUGUGAUGCUGGACGAACUGGGUCAGGACAUGGAUCAUACGGAGUCUAAAAUGGAUGGUGCGCUAAAAAAGAUGGCAAAGGUGCUUCACAUGUCUAAUGAUCGCAGGCAGUGGGUGGCCAUAGGGGCACUUUCGGGAGUGAUGGUCAUUGUUGUUGCCCUCUUCUUUCUUGUGUAGAGAUCUAGAGUCGCAAAGUGGGCACCCCAGAACAAAGUUUCUCCACUGGAACCGCAAAAGAAAAAAAAAAAGUCAUAACUUGUUUUCCAUUUUGUAAACAAAUCAUUCUGUUAUUAUGGUGAUGUAAAUAUGACACUUCAGCAUUA